AUGUUCUCGACUCUCGAUAUGGAUGUAAGGCCGGGGUCAGGACUGGGUGCAUUCGAGAUAGGAACAUCACUUUGGAACGUGCUUGAGCUCCUUCGGGGGAUGCAGCACUUCUUCCCUCAGGUAGACGUCAAGUACGACCCCGACACCCCCACAACACCCAUCAUCUUGCAUAUUCGGCCCCACCUCGAUCUGCUCUUCUCUGGAUACGAACAACGCUUGCACACGAUAUCCGUCAAGAAGCUGCACGAUCCACACCCUCCGCUGACCCUCACGUACAAACACGCUGUGUUAUCUUCGAACGAAGAAGUGUUACGCAAGGUUGGCGUGAGCCGAAUGUUUGGGCCGACUUAUCCCGGUGACGACCUACGAUACCCUGGAAUAUCAUUUGGCUUUGAGGAAGACGCGAGAACAGAGACUCUGAAGACACCUGCACAGGCAGAUGUCCGCCAACAAGAGGUCAAGCGCAUCAUUAUUUCCCAGAAGAGCGCAGAUGGAGAGCAGCGUGACAUGCUCGACGACGUUGCGGAGUGUGAAGCGAUGGAUGGAGAGCUGUCCCAAGCAGUGGUGAAGAUCCAUGAAGGGGUAACUCUGCACUUCCACCCAUCUGGGUCAGAGCCACUACGCGUGCUUCUAGGAAUAAGCACCGCUCAGGACUUGACGUGCGACCUUGGCCCACCUUUGCGAAUACAUUACAAGGAGGAUGAUCGUAUGACCAUCCAUGCGCGAGCCACCCAGGGCGACGCCCACGCCGAUGGCGAUUACUUCUACAAUUAUCAACAGCAUGGGAUCGACUUCCUUAUCUCUGGCGCAACCCAUGCUGUUAAGAAGGUCGUUUUGCAUUCGAACGUGCCCGGAACACCGCUAUUCCAACGUUAUAAGCGAUGUCCAUGGGAAAUAGAGGGAUGGCCGGAAGACGAUGAGGAUGAAUUCCCCCCGCGAAGACGCUUCACUGACAGGGUGGAGGAGAUCCAGCAUUUCAUCGCUCCCGGAGGAGCACCCCCGUCUAUGAUUUUGAAUCGUACAGAUGACGAGGACGGGCUUCAAUUGCCGAGCGCAGCAACACGGUUGUUCGGAUAUGACGGCGUCAUUCUGGAGGCCACGGAAUCUGCUCAAGUCGUUGCGGUCAUGAUUUUCUAA